AGGCAGUGAGUUAACCGCUAAAACAGGCAGGCUGCUUUGCUGUGUCCUGAUCCUUUGGCGAUUUUCAUGGCUCACUAGAAGAGUUAUCGGAAAAAGUAGUCGGGCUUGUGGUGCACGCCUGUAAUCCCAGCACUCUAGGAGGUGCAAAUUUAAGCCUAACCUGGUCGAUACAGAGGAUCCUGUCUCAAAAAGGGGGGUGGGGGUGGCGAUGCAUCUCCCGGCAGAGGUUCAAUCCCCAAUAUUGGACAAAAGAGUUAGUGUGAGCUGCUGGCCAUUGACUUGGUCACUGAUACCCUAGCCACUGCCUGGGUUUUGAAGCCUCUGGGUCGUUUGGGACUUGCCAUCCCGCCCCACGCAGUUCCACCACUACCAACAGACAUCCACGGAGGUGGAUAACGAGACGCUGCGUCCUAGCUUGCCAGAGCGGUGCCUAAGGCCCGUAUAAGGGGCGGGUUCGGAUGCGUCACUUCCGGCUUGGUCUUGAUUGGCGGCCAGUGGGGCCGGAUUGCAAGUCCGCUUCUCUGUCUGGGGCGCUGAGCCCCUGAGUGACAGGCUCCUGUGCACUGCCCUCAGGAAGCCCAGGGCAGAAGUGAUGGCAGCCUUGUUUCCAUCUGCCUCAUUCCAGGCCCAGGUGACCUUUGAGGAUGUGGCUGUUCUGCUUUCCCACGAUGAGUGGGGGUGUCUGGACCAUGCUCAGAGGGACCUCUACAGAGAUGUGAUGCUGGAGACCUACAAGAACCUGGUCUCUCUCGGAGCGGGAUCUGCAGGUCCCAAGCCUGGGGUGAUCUUGCAGCUGGAGCGAGGGAAUGAGCCGUGGGUCCUGAACACGAAGGAAGCUGAGGGGAGAAGGCAUCUGAGAGUCAGCAGCUCAGCUCAUGGGACCAGGACUGAGCACACAGAAUUGGCCUCAGAGGAGACAUUUGUUGGGCGAGAGCUGCAUCAGCCCAGGAGGACUGUUCACCAGGAGGAAGUGGAGACAGAAGACUGUGGCUUUGUCAAGGAGCCAGAGAGGAGCUUGGACAAGCUAGUGUGCCAGAUAUGCCCUAGCCCAAGCACACUGACCAGUGAGGAGAGCAGCCGGGACAGUGGGGGAAGCCUCAGGUUGGGGUUAGGCCCUUUCCCUGAUCAGAGACCUCACAAAUGUGAUACAUGUGAGCAAAGUUUUGAGCAGAGAUCGUAUCUUAACAACCAUAAGCGUGUGCACAGGUCAAAAAAACCAAAUACCGUUCAUGAUUCUGGGGAGUUCUUCAAGGCAAACUUAGUUGUUACAGAAGAUCAAAAAAUUCCUACUGGGAAGAGGUUGCAUUAUUGUGGCCACUGUGGGAAGACAUUCAGGUAUAGUGCUAACCUUAUCAAGCACCAGCGGCUUCACAGUGAAGAGAAGCCCUACAAGUGUGGUGAAUGUGGGAAAGCCUUCAGCCAGAGCUGUGAGUUCAUCAACCAUCGGAGGAUGCAUUCUGGUGAGAUCCCCUACCGGUGUGGGGAGUGUGGCAAGACAUUCAAUCAGAGGCCUAACCUCAUGAAGCAUCAGAGGAUUCACACUGGAGAGAAGCCCUAUAAGUGUGCUGAGUGUGGUAAACACUUUAGUGCCUACUCUUCUCUUGUUUAUCACCAGAGAAUACACACUGGAGAGAAACCCUACAAAUGUAAUGACUGUGGAAAAGCCUUCAGUGAUGGUUCUAUCCUUAUUCGACAUCGACGGACUCACACUGGUGAGAAGCCAUUUGAGUGUAAAGAAUGCGGUAAAGGCUUUACCCAGAGUUCCAACCUUAUCCAACAUCAGAGAAUUCACACUGGAGAAAAACCCUACAAAUGUAAUGAAUGUCAGAAAGCCUUCAUCCAGAAAACCAAACUUGUUGAACACCAGAGAAGCCACACUGGAGAGAAGCCCUACGAGUGUCAUGACUGUGGCAAAGUCUUCAGCCAAAGUACACACCUCAUUCAGCACCAGCGGAUCCACACAGGGGAGAAGCCUUACAAAUGCAGCGAGUGCGGGAAGGCCUUCCACAACAGCUCUAGGCUCAUUCAUCACCAGCGCUCACAUCAUGGAGAAAAGCCCUACAAAUGUAGUGAUUGCAAGAAAGCCUUCAGCCAGAGCACUUACCUGGUUCAACACCGGAGGAUCCAUACCGGAGAGAAGCCCUACAAGUGCAGCGAGUGUGGGAAAGCCUUCCGACACAGUUCCAACAUGUGUCAGCACCAGAGGAUCCACCUCCGGAAAGACUUCUCACCAUGAUAGUGGAGGAGGGUCUGUGAGGGCACAGUUCUGGUGUGCAUGUCCUCAUGUGUCCUACUGACUGUUCACCCUAUUUCCACAGGGUGAAGCAGUAUUUCUGUCUAAUUAAAGAAACCUCUUUUCCUAAACCAAAGGGAGUGCAUAUUCUUUUUAAAGAAACAGAAAACUGCACCAAAAACAGGCUCCUGUAGUCUCCCCCACUUAGGAAAAGAGGAUUCAUGUUGCUGAUUUAGAAUGUUUCCUUUCGGAAACACUGGAGAGCAUUUUAGGAAGAAAACACUCCCCAGAGUGGUGUUAUCUGUAGUCCCUGCCCUUGGGAGGCUAAAGCAGGAAGAUUGCUUAAGCUCAGGAGUUCAAGACCAGCCUGAGUGACAGUGAGACUUUGUCUCAAAAAAAAGGAAAACACUCUUAUGCAUGUCAUUGAAAUACCUAAUACCUUCACCUUUGCUAUUUCUUUAGUGCCAAAAAUUUCACAAUGUAGAGAACUCCACACAUGGCUAUAUUUUUACAUAUUGUAAAUAAAAUUAACAUUAUGUCAUCCAUACUUUGCCAUGUCACUUAACAGAGUUGAUAUUGCCUUUUUUAUUGUGGUAAAAUAUACAUAACAAAAUUUUCCAUUUUACCCAUUUUAAAGUUUACAGGUUGGUGGCAUUAAGUACAUUCAUAGUGUCCUAUAACCGUCACCACUCUUUCCAGAACUGUUUUAUUAUCUCAAACAGAACCUCUGUAACUAUUUGUUUUGGGGGCGGGGGGGGUUUUGGGCUUGGGGGUUUGAAUUGGGACCUUGCAAUUCUCUGUAACUAUUAAAUAAGUCCCCUAUUUCCUCUGUGUCCCAGA